UUACUUCGACUAUCUGGCAGCUUGCAUACAAGUAUGAUCUGGCUGGCAACACUAAUUGAGAUAAAAGCAUGGCAUGUUCGUUUUUAUUUAUUUAUUUGAACUAUUUUAUUCUUAAUUAACCCUUACCAGAUCAGAAAAGAAAAAAAAUAUGAAUGAAGGAUUUGGUCGCGCUCAAUUAGAAAAAUAUGGUUGGAAAGAAGGUAAAGGAUUGGGAAAAAGUGGGACUGGAAUUAAAUCAGCAAUAAAAUCUUCAUUAAAAUUUGAUAAAAAUGGAAUUGGAUAUGAUAUUGGUGAAGAAUUUUCAUUUCGAUGGUGGGAACAAGUCUUCAAUAAAACAGCAAAAAAUAUUAAAGUUGUUAAUUCAGAGGAUAAAGUAGAAAUUACAAGAACAGAAAAUGAAAGCAGUAAAAUUUCUACCAGAAAGUCUCAUAUAUCAUUAGAAAAACCUACACUUAUGUAUGGUUCAUUUAUAAAAGGAAGCACUCAUAACACAGAAGAAAUAAAAAUUAAUGAAAGUACUGAAAAUUGCAAUGACUGUAAUUCAAAAUAUUCAUAUGAAGACAUUUUCAAGAAAUGCAAAGGUAGAACAGGACAUAAAGCAGCCAGGCAUGGUAUAAAAAUGAAUGGAAAGCUUAAAAGGAUUGAACAACAAGAAAAUGAAUUAAGAAUCAAUAGUUGUGUUUCUGAUGAAAAAUUAAACAAAUGUGAUAAUUUGUUAAAGAAAUUAAAAAAAAAAGAAAAGAAAAGAAAACAGAAAAAGAAAAAAAUAAUUGAAUAAAUUAAUGAAUACAAGAAACAGAAUUUUCAUCAAAGAAAUUAAUCUGUAAUAAAAAUAUGUGAAUAUAAUAGAAAUAACAAUAAAUUUAUACUAUGAUUUUGAUAAUGCAGAUCAAGCAAAAGAAUAUUCUUAUUAUAUUGGUAAAUUAUUUUGUCUUUCUUAAGUGAGUGUAAGUGACAUCAUAUGAUAGUGGAGUUAAAGAAUGUUUGUAUAGAUAUUUAAAACAUGGAAGUUUCCAUGAAUCAGCAUCUAAUGGAAUUAACUUUUGACAGAAAUAGAAAAAAUUGAAAAUUGAAAUGAUAAUUAUGACUGGAUUAUUCAAGUAAUGAUUUAUCAUACAUGACUUCACAAAAUUUUUAUU